GCGCGGAAGUGGGAAGGCGGAUCCACACGUUCCGGGGCGGGGAGGGAUGCUUUGCAAGGCAGCUGCUGUGUCUUCCCGGCGGGGCGAAGGAGGAAGACGCGCGGCUGCUCCUCCCGGCGCCUGACCUGGGCGCGCAGCCAGCAGCGGAGGGAGCCCCGGCGCCGCCGCCGCCUGCUCCGAUCUCCCGGGUCUCCUCUUCGCCGCCCGCGCCUCGCCUCCCUUCGGCCGCCGCAUGUCCAGCCUGCAGCGCCCCGUGGCCGCCUCGGCCCAGGCCCAGCCCGUCUCCCUAACAGCCGAGCAAGCCAAAGGUGAGAGGAGGACGCGCAUCGGGGGCGAAAUCCACCUCCCUUGUAGUUUGAGAGGAAAUAAUAGUGAUGAUGAUGAUGAUGAUGAUGAUGAUGAUGAUGAUGAUUGUUGUUGUUGUUUAGUCGUUUAGUCAUGUCCGACUCUUCGUGACCCCCUGGACCAGAGCACGCCAGGCACUUCUGUCUUCCACUCCCUCCCGCAGUUUGGUCAAACUCAUGCUGGUAGCUUCGAGAACAGUAUCCAACCAUCUCAUCCUCCGUCGUCUCCUUCUCCUUGUGCCCUCCAUCUUUCCCAACAUCAGGGUCUUUUCCAGGGAGUCUUCUCUUCUCAUGAGGUGGCCAAAGUCUUGGAGCCUCAGCUUCAGGAUCUGUGCUUCCAUUGAGCACUCAGGGCUGAUUUGCUGAAGAAUGGAGAGGUUGGAUCUUCUUGCAGUCCAUGGGACUCUCAAGAGUCUCCUCCAGCACCAGAAUUCAAAAGCAUCCAUUCUUUGGCGAUCAGCCUUCUUUAUGGUCCAGCUCUCACUUCCAUACAUCACUACUGGGAAAACCAUAGCUUUUACUAUACGGACCUUUCUUGGCAAGGUGAUGUCUCUGCUUUUUAAGAUGCGUCUUUUAAUUUCGUGGCUGCUGUCACCAUCUGCAGUGAUCAUGGAGCCCAAGAAAGUAAAAUCUCUCACUGCCUCCAUUUCUUCCCCUUCUAUUUGCCAGGAGGUGAUGGGCCCAGUGGCCAUGAUCUUCGGUUUUGUUUUUUUGAUAUUGAGGCUCUUUAAUAAAGUUAGCUAAUAAUAACAACAACAACAACAACAACAUAUACACUGCUUUAGAAUUUUCAAACCAGUAAGAGCAUCACAGUAAUGGCCCUUCCUAGGCAGAUGUGAUGUUUUUAGUAGUGGAAGCUUCCUGAAAAUAAUUUCAAAAUCUCCUGAAAAAAGGCUUCUGCCAUGCAUUGAUUAAAAUAUAGCAGGGCCAGUCAGGGGUCAGAUUAAAUUCCUUUGUGGAACACAUUUGUGGACUGCAGAUUGGCUCUCUCCGCUGCACAGAAGCAGAGUUUUUCAGACUAGGAACUUGUUUCUAUAGAAACUUAUUAGGGGUGUUUAAUGAGAAGAUCACAGUCGAGCUUUCCUGAAGGACGGUAUGUGCACCAACACAACACAUUCAGAUGUGUAAAUAAGUCCUGUGGAUAUGUGUUUUUCUAGACGUUUUCUCUCUUGGUGGACCCAGCAUGAGCAUAAGAAAGCAUUCUGCUUUUACUCGGGAGCAGUUGCUGCUUUAGCAGAAUCAAAUGGUAAAGCUGUAAAGUGCAUUGCACCAUUGUAGGCUCAAGGUUGACUGUUUGCGGUACUCCCUUCAUGAACAAAUAAAUCUGUGUACAUGCAAAACGAGCAUCUCUGGAUGAAGGAUUCAGCUUGGCAUUGUCCCUGAUACGCUUUAGUAUGUGUGUGUGUGUUUAUGUAUGACCAGGGCCUGAUUGUGCACUCUCAAAACACUCCCCGGAAUCCUCUGCUACACACAGGAGUUCCAUGGCUGAUGUGCUUACAAGGAAAGGAUUACCUGAAAGCCACACAGUUGAAAGCCAUUGCACGAAAGACUAGUGUAAAACUGAAUGUUGUGUUAACCAUGGUUUUCCAGUGAGACGGAGGGGUUGGGGUUUUGCCACAGUUCCUGUCAGUUCUCUCUUGAACAGGACUGUUUAGUUGCAGAGUGUCUUCUGUGAAAUAAGGGACGAUGGUGCUGGUUCCCCGUUUUAAUCUUCCUUAUUCCAGGAACUUGGCAUCGCCUUCACUGGAAACCUUUUCUCAGAGAGCCUCACUUCAAGGCUGUUGCGUGUAGGUAACUCAUCCCAGGAAAUUUGAGACGAGGGUGAGAUUUGAUCCUCGUGGAUAAAAUAUUAGCAGGUGGAGGCAUACUCCUGCCUCGGAGGUGCUGAAUUCUGCCCAACAGUGGGAGGGUCCGCUGCCCCGGCGAGGUCUGCUGCCACAGCAGCAAGGCCCACCGUGGCAAGGUCUGGCCCCUCAAGACUGGGGUGGCACAAACCUGUCCCAACAGACUUUGUGGGGACUUGAAGACACCUCAGCCCUAUAGAGUCAGUGCCUAUGGCUUGCGUGUUCCACUUGCUGUGUGUAUGGUUUGCAGGGUUUUUUUAUAUAAUGAUUUUUAUUGAGUUUUCCAUAUUUAUCAUAUUCACAUUUUGUUACAUAAUUCUAUAACCUGAUACAUUACUCAGACUGAGCAUCGACCUCCUUCCCUCCCUCUUUCUGACUUCUGAACAUCUUUACUAAAUUCUUAGCAUUUCUAUAACCACUUUUUAACCUUCUGUCUUCUUUUAAUAUUUCACCUCAUUAUAUGUAAAUUAGUUCCUUAUAUUCACAUUACAAAACAUUUCAAUUCAAACCUACAAACGUUUUCAGAUGUUUACAAUUUUCUUUCGUAUAAAAUAUAAAUUUGCUCCAGUCCUUUUGAAACAGUUCAUCACGCUGAUUCCGGAUUUCCCCCGUCAACUUUGCCAACUCUGCGUAUUCCACCAUCUUGACCUGCCAUUCUUCCAAUGCUGGAAGUUCCUCGCAGGUUUGUGACGGCUUAGUGGCAACAGUCCUUCUGCUUCCUUCCUCAGUGGUUCUGGCUGAAGUGAUCAAGGCGUUUGGUGCGCCGGAAAACGCCCAGCGCAUGGAGGAGGCGAGGGACAAUGCCUGCAAUGACAUGGGAAAGAUGCUCCAGUUCCUGCUGCCUGUGGCUACCCAGAUCCAGCAGGAUGUGAUCAAAGCCUAUGGGUUCAGCAAUGAUGGGGAAGGUGAGUUCAAGGUGCUGAAGUGGAGGGGAAGGGGCUAGACUGACUCACGUUCCUUGUAGGGUGACACAAAUGCAAGCUGUGUCCCAUCGAGAGCCAGUGUGGUGUGGUGGUUAAGAGCGGUAUUCUCCCAAACUGGGGAACCGGGUUCGCGUCUCCGCUCUUCCACAUGCAGCUGUUGGGUGACCUUGGGCCAGUCACACUUCUUUGAAGUCUCUCAGCCCCACUCACCUCACAGAGUGUUUGUUGUGGGGGAGGAAGGGAAAGGAGAAUGUUAGCCGCUUUGAGACUCCUUAAAGGGAGUGAAUGGCAGGAUAUCAAAUCCAAACUCUUCUUCUUCUCUUCAUCAUUUUGGACUCACAGCUGUCCAUGGAGGCACAGGUUAAUUCUGUGUCCAGGGCAGCUGUCUGCCAGCUCCAUCUGCUACGCAGGCUGAGACCCUUCCUGCCUGCGGACUGUCUCACCAGAGUGGUGCAUGCUCUGGUUAUCUCCCACGUAGACUACUGCAAUGCGCUCUACGUGGGGCUACCUUUGAAGAUGACCCGGAAACUGCAAUUAAUCCAGAAUGCGGCAGCUAGACUGGUGGCUGGGAGUGGCCGCCGAGACCACAUAACACCGGUCCUGAGAGAUCUGCAUUGGCUCCCAGUACGUUUCCGAGCACAAUUCAAAGUGUUGGUGCUGACCUUUAAAGCCCUAAACGGCCUCGGUCCUGUAUACCUGAAGGAGCGUCUCCACCCGCAUCAUCCAGCCUAGACACUGAGAUCCAGUACCGAGGGCCUUCUGGCGGUUCCCUCAUUGCGAGAAGUGAGGUUACAGGGAACCAGACAGAGGGCCUUCUCGGUAGUGGCGCCCGCCCUGUGGAACGCCCUCCCUUCAGAUGUGAAGGAAAUAAGCAGCUAUCUUCUUCUUAAAAGACAUCUGAAGGCAGCCCUGUUUAGGGAAGUUUUUAAUAUUUAAUGCUGUAUUGUUUUUAACACUUGAUUGGAAGCUGCCCAGAGUGGCUGGGGAAACUCAGCCAGAUGGGUGGGGUAUAAAUAAUACAUUAUUAUUAUUAUUAUUAUUAUUAUUAUUAUUAUUAUUAUCUGACCAUGGACACAGCUAGAAGAUUAAGCCUGAGGAAAUGGAUAUUGUCAAAGUUUGAUUUGCUUAAAGGGAACUUCAUAACACGCAGGAUCAGGAGACUCCCCAGAUGUUUGUGUGGAUUGUGAAGUUUGAAUAGAAUGCUGGGGUUAAAGAAGAUUAUAGAAUUUACCCCUUUUAAUUAUAGCGUUGUGAAUGCAUAAAGGCAAGAUUAACAAGUUGCACUGGAGGAAAUACGAUUUAAAAAUUGUGAUUUACGGUAUAUAUUGAUAGAUGAAGGAAGAAUAACUCCACUUGAAUAACUGGGGAAAUGUUAUAGUUAAACAAAAGUCUAAGCAGGGAUCGAAACCUGCCCAGCAGGUGGAAAUUGAGAAAGGAUGGGAAAUUAAUAGAAAUUAGGAAAAGUUAUGUUAUUGUGAGAGCAGCAAAGGAGGGAGAGAAAAGAAACAUCUGGAAAGGGGUGGGAAGUCAACUUUUAAAUUUGUUUUUAAUUUGAAUUAAUUUGUUAAAUUUUUUGAAAAUGAAUUGGCAAAAAAAGGAAGGUGCCCCAUUGAUUGCUUGGUUGAGCCAAAAGAGGUUUCCUUACUUGUCAUGCAAUGUUGGGGAGCAUUGUGAUAAAAGUUAGUGUUCUGGUGAAUAAAUUGGAUUUCACUUUAUCCUCCUUUUUUCCCUAGGAGUCCUAAAGUUUGCCCGAUUGAUAAAAUCGUACGAGUCUCAGGAUCCCGAGAUUGCAAGCAUGUCUGGGAAGCUAAAAUCCAUGUUCCUGCCUCCAAUGACACUGCCCCCCCAUGGGACUGGGGCAGGGGGUGUUGCAGCGUCGUGAAGCAGGCAACCUCUGCUGCCUUUUCCUGUCUAAAUUAUGCUGCUGCCCCUGAGGCAGUGUUAACUUGAUUCUUGGACAUCGUCUUCUUUCCGUUGCCAUGAGAGAUGUUUUUGACUUCUGUGAGCAGUCCUUGUUUGCAUCAUAUAUUAUGUAUUUUUUGUGCUCGUGAAUAAAUUUUGCUUGUUUGUAAAUUA